AUGGGGCUGCUCUCCAACCCCUUCCGGUCCCGCGAACCGCGGCUGCCAGUAUACGAAAAUCUAGCAUCUCCGACCAAAGAGCGUGCCUCUGACGACGAAUACGACUACUCAGACGACGAGUCUGACGGAUCAUACCGCUCAGAGUCUGCACCAUCAUCCAGUUCGAGGAACGUAUCCGCCUCUGCGCCCAGCGGGCUGUUGCUGCUGCCAAAACGGAAACUGCCUCGACAGCCUCCCAAGAAUGGGUGCUCACGGUUAUACCCCUACAGACUACCGACAAAAAUCACCCGGUGGGUGCUCAUCGGCAUCGUCGGCACCCUUGUUCUCAUGCUGCUCAGUCUCGUGCGCGCGAGCCAGGUUGAGAAUUGGAAAGUGGCAAAUGGGCGCGUCAAGACGCCGCCGCCGCCGCCCCCGGUGUGGGAGAGUUUCCCGUUCCUGGAGAGAUAUUACGGUGGCAUCCGUACUUUGAGGCCGCUCAACGAGAGUCAACCGUCUUAUCCGGCGACGAGUGAGCACGCGGUCCCGUCGACCUCGGAGGCUGAAUCGGCCGGUGCCAAGACGGUUCGGAAUGCGGUUGACGGGCGGCUGCCCCGUAGCUCGUCGUGGGAGACGUAUCCUGCUGCCAAGAGGGAGGCUGGCAUUCAGGAAUGUUUCGUCGACGCGGCGGGAAAGGUGCGCGUGCCUCCGCUGAGGUACUACAGUGGCCGGACUCGCGGCUUUCCCGGGCACGUGUCGGGAUCUUAUGAGGCUCUCGGCCUGCCUGAGGAUAUUUGCUUCGAGAGAUAUGGCCGGUAUGGGCCGUAUGGCUUUGGGUACUCCCGACGAAUGGGCGGCCUGAGUACCGGCGAGCACGGCGAGAAGGAGGGCCACGACGCCGUGUGGGAAAAGACACCGCGCGUCGACUACCGAUCUGUGGACUGGGCUGAUGUGCAGCGUCGAUGCUACGAGGCCAACAUCGGACGGUACAAGGCCCUGCCGCCCGCGACGCCGGCCCCUCGUGGGUUUUAUAUCGGGCGAGCCGGCGCCGAGAGCAUCGCGGCUCGUCGAUCCGAGGAGGACACCACCGCGACGAGCGCCAACACUACUCGAGGGGCUGGGGGGGAGGAGCCCGCGGCCGACGGGGCCUCUUCCGGGAGCGCCGAGGGCGGCGUCAGCGCGCGGAAUGUCGCCAGGACGGCCGUCGUCGUCCGGUGCUGGGACUCGUACCUCUUCCGCGAGGACGACGUCGCCCACCUCCGCUCCGUGAUUGCCGAGCUGUCCAUGGGGUCCGGCGGCAGAUAUGACGUCCACCUCCUCGUCCAGGUCAAGGAGGACGGCAAGCACCCCGUCUUGGCCGACCACGAAGCCUACCAGCAGCGAGUCAAGGAGGCCAUCCCGAGGGAGUUCCAGGGCCUCGUGACGCUCUGGACGGAAACCCAGAUGCUGGCCGUCUAUCAGGGCAUGUACGAUCUGUGGACGCGCGGGCCGGUUCUGCCGGUCCACGGCGUCUACCGAGGGCACUCCAUGGCCAUGCAGCACUUUGCCUACCAGCACCCCGAGUACGACUACUUCUGGCAGUGGGAAAUGGACGUCCGCUACACGGGCCACUACUACGACCUGGUGACCAAGCUCGAGGAAUGGGCCAAGGCACAGCCCAGAAAGGGGCUCUGGGAACGCAACUCGCGCUUCUACCUCCCCAGCGCCCACGGCACCUGGGACGACUUUUCGCAGAUGUCCCGCGUGCACAGCGAGAUGGGCACCGCCGCCGCCGACAACGUCUGGAGCAAGAUGCCGGGCGAAAAGACAAGGACGCCCGCCGCGGACGCGACGGUCCCCAAGAGCUCCCGGAUGGUCUGGGGUCCCGUCCGCCCGGCCGAGGAACAGGACUGGUUCGAGGCCCAAGACGACCCCGUGGCCCCGACCACGUACGAGGCCGACAAGUACAGCUGGGGCGUCGGCGAAGAAGCAGACUACAUCUCGCUGAACCCCAUCUUCGACCCCGAGGGCACGACGUGGGCCCUCAAGGACGACAUCACGGGCUACAACCGCUCGCGGCCGCUGCCGCCGCGCCGCGCCGCCAUCAUCACCACGUCCCGCAUGUCGCGGCGGCUUCUCGUCAAGAUGCACCGCAUGACGGCCUUCAAGAAGCAGUUUGCCUUUCCCGAGAUGUGGCCCGCCACCGUCGCCCUCCAGCACGGCUACAAGGCCGUCUACGCGCCGCACCCCAUGUACGUCGACCGCAGGUGGCCCGUCGAGUACAUGGCGCAGACGUACAACGGCGGGCGGGACGCGUCCAGCGGCGGCUCGAGAACCAGCGUCUUUGGCGAGCGCGAGCACAACCUCAAGGGCCUCAGCUGGUUCUACAACUCGGGCUUUGCGCCCAACCUGUACAGGAGAUGGCUCGGCCUCAAGGUGAACAAUGACGGCGGCGAGGACUUUGAGCAGACCCUGGACGAGACCAAGCAGGGUUCGGGCGUCGGCAAUAUGCGUGGCGGCGAGGGGAGGAUGUGCGUCCCGGCCAUGUUGCUGCAUCCUGUCAAGGACGUCGAGCUGCCGGUUGAGGCGCCUCCCGAUGAGGACAGUGAGAGUGAGAGCGUCGCGUCGGAUCCCGCGGCGUGA